AUUUAAUUUGCCUACAUUUGUAUUUUUCCUUUUGGUACUGUACAAUGAAAUGGUAAGCCAACAGAUGAUGGAGUGACCACUCAAAGUUGUUGGUAGAUGACAGUACAGCUAUGUUGAAGGGAUUAGUGACUAGGGCACCACACAAUCUCAAUCUGAACACAACUACCUCCGCUAUGAACGCCACAGUUUUCCCCUAACAAGGGAGUGCCUUGAUUUUUUUUUUUUUUGAUUUUAUAACAUGCAACACUGAAACAAAAAGGGCUGCCUUGAGUCUUAAUUUCUCUUCAUUAAAGACAAGAAGCAACAGAUGUGUUGUCAGCCCUCUAAUAUCAGGAGGGGUAGGGGAAGGGGGGAUUAAACGAUAACACUGCUCUAGUGAUUUGCCAGCGCUUUGAUGGACAGGGUUUCAGGAAGGCUGCCAGUCAGAGACAGCAGCAAACCGAAGGGCUGAAAGGUGUGUGAGAGCUCCAACGAGCCAAGAAACACAUCCAGCACUAAAAAAGCCCUCCACAAGCUCCACAAGGGAAUUAAGAAAAUAACAUCAACAGCUGAAAUGAGGCUGGUCGGCGCUGGGGUCCGACUUCGAAGGGCCKCUGAACCGUCCGAACCAGAAUCGGAGGAAACAACGGAGUCGGCACACCAUGAGCACACUCACCAUGAACACGGUCACUCAGAGCACCACCACGAGCACUCGCAUACAGAACACCACCCGGGCCAUGACUACAACCACAUGAAGGAGAAGUUCAUGAAUGAACUGGGUCAUCUGCCAAUUCCCAUGUGGGCAGUGGGAGCCAUUGUAGUGUUGGUCCUGGUUUUAGUGGCGUGCUUCAUCUUCUGUGUUUUCAAGAAAUGUUUUGGGAAAAAGAAGAAGCCAAAGAAAGUGAGGGAAAGGAAGGCGGGCCGACGCAGAAAAGAAAAAGAAGGUGAAGGAGAGGUCGGCGAGAAGGAGGGGGAGGUGAAAAAGGAAGGUCAGCAGGAGGAGAAAGAACAGGAGAAGUUGGGUAGACUGGAGUUCUCUUUGGACUACAACUUCACUGAUUCCCAGCUCAUCGUGGGCAUCCUUCAGGCUCAGGACCUUGCUGCUAUGGACAUGGGGGGAACAUCAGAUCCCUACGUCAAAGUUUUUCUGCUGCCAGACAAAAAAAAGAAAUAUGAGACCAAGGUUCAACGCAAAAACCUGUGCCCCGUUUUCAACGAGACUUUUAUCUUCAAGAUUCCAUAUGCAGAGUUGGGUGGGAAGACUUUGGUGCUGCAGGUUUUUGACUUUGAUCGUUUCUCCAAGCAUGACAUGAUUGGCGACAUAAAGAUUCCCAUGAACAGUGUGGAUCUGGGCCAGCCAAUACAACAAUGGCGGGACUUGGAAAGCAGUGAGAAGGAGGAGGAAAAAUUGGGAGAUGUUUGCAUUUCCCUGCGUUAUGUUCCCACUGCUGGAAAACUGACAGUUAACAUAAUGGAGGCAAAAAAUCUUAAGAAAAUGGAUGUUGGUGGAUUAUCAGACCCAUAUGUGAAAAUUGUUCUGCAACAAAAUGGGAAGCGGAUUAAGAAGAAGAAGACAACAGUCAAGAAAAACACACUUAAUCCUUACUUUAAUGAGAGCUUCAGUUUUGAAGUCCCCUUUGAACAAAUACAGAAAGUGCAAGUUGUCAUCACAGUGUACGACUAUGACAAACUUGGAAGCAAUGACCCAAUAGGAAAGACCUUUAUGGGUUACGGAGCUACAGGUGUGGGCCUGCGACACUGGUCAGAUAUGCUUGCAAACCCCAGGCGUCCAGUAGCUCAGUGGCACACUCUCAUGCCAGAAGAAGAGGUUGAUGCGGCACUCAAAGCAAAACCUCGCUAGGAUUCGCACCACAAAGACAAAUAAAAUGCUGCUGAGGAAUUAUUUGGUGUUAAACUGAAUAUUUUAUUGUAUGUUUUUAAUUUAUAUGUAAAAAAACACAAAAGUAAAACUACCUUUAUUUGUUA